GGGGGGGCGCGGGGCUAAAAUUAGUGCCGCGGAGCCACGUGCGCCGCAAGCAACGCUCCUCGCCAGUGCGCGCGGAACCACCACGACGAACGCACGCUCCCGCCACGCUCCAGUGUUUACAACGCAUAACCUCCGCCAGUCAACGGACUGACACCGCGACAGCGGCAGUGACAGUGCCCAGCGUGAACGUGGCCGCCGCGACGGAGGCUGUGCAAGGAAUGUUGAUGGCGGGCGCCCUGCCUGCCGAGCCCGAGGGCCUCCUGGCCCUCAGCGCGCUCCCGGGACAGAAAGACACCACCUGGACCAAACUCUUCGUCGGAGGGCUUCCAUACCACACCACCGACAAGAGCCUGCGGGAACACUUCGCGGUGUACGGCGACAUCGAGGAGGCCGUCGUCAUCACCGACCGACAGACCAGCAAGAGCAGAGGAUAUGGCUUCGUGAUAAUGGGCGACCGGGCGGCGGCGGAGCGCGCCUGCAAGGACCCGAACCCCAUCAUCGAUGGGAGGAAAGCCAACGUCAAUCUCGCCAUCCUCGGCGCCAAACCCAGGGGGAACCUCGCGCCAGGUCAGUCCCAUGAUUGUUUCGGGCUCGCGGCCGCGGCAGCGGGAGUACGUGCAGGGUACCCGACCGUGCUGCCUUCCCCGUACGGGUUGUCCCCUGGGUACGUGUACGGCGCGCCAGGGUAUAUGAGCGCCGUGGGUGGCGUGAGCGCAGGCGUGGGCGCCGGCGCCGGCGGGCUGGUGCAGCUGCCGCAGCUUCAGCACGCGGCGGCCGUAGCUGCUGCCAACCACCUCUACGAGUACCAGGCGGCGACGCAGGCGCAGGCGUAUCAGCAGCAGUACGCCGCGGCAGGUUUCGACCCGUACGCUACAGCUGCAGCAGCAGCAGCCGCAGCCAGCGGAGCCGGAUACAUGUCUCCAUACUACACGCUGCAAGGAGGCGGAGUUCAGGCACCCCUCCUCCCACCCCUGCCCUACCCCCCACCUCUGCAGGAGGCCAGGAUGCAGUAGAUCUCAGCUUGAAAAUAAAACUGCAUACCUACCACUGAGGCUCUACAUAUUACACAAAAAAAGAAGUGGAAACGUAUGUAAACAUAGAAUAAUUUCCGCAUCAAAUUCAAAUGGUUCAAGUUUUCCAAUAUUCGAACGAUCGUUUCCACUAUUAAAAAUCCAAAAUUCUAAUGUAACCUCGCAAAAGAGUGGUAAUAUCACCUAAUGAGACGAAGUGAUGAGCGGCUGAAAUGUUAAGAUUAUUCAACUACCUUCAUAAAAUGUGUCAUGUGAGGACAGAUGGUGACAUUCGUUACCGCAGGAAGCCAAAUACUUAGACUAACAUAGAUGAUGUCUAGAACUAGUUGAAUCUAUCAACCAAAAAUAUUAAAAAAUGACCAAAGCUCUAAGCUUUUAUUUAGAAUUAAACGCCAAUUCGGCACUUUAAUCUAACAAUCUUCUUAAGGAUGAAACAUGAUGCAUCACCUUACAAAAUACGUACAGAUGGUGUAUUUAACUUUCUAGAGUAUUAUAAAAGCUUAAACCUAUUGAAAAAUCUUGCCUCAUUAUCAAACUUCCCAACAUCACACAUAUUUUCCUAUUUUUUUACUAAUAGGUUAACUAGAUAUAUUUUUAAAUGUUAGAAACAAAUUUCCUUGAAAUCGAAUAUUGUCUAAUAAUAUACAAAGCUUGCACCUUAAAGUAACAGCUGUUAAAUGACAAUAAAGUUAUCAUAUUGCUGACUAUAUUAUACACUAAAGAAAUAUAUCAAGAAUAAUUAAUACUUUAUCUAAAGCUUCAAUUCUGUAAAAGGACAAUUUACAGUUACAUGAAUUGAUUACAGUGUUUUCAGGAAUCAUUUCAGAUUAUAUCCUUCUUGUUAAAACUUGAUAUUGAUGCACAUUAUAGGCAGCUAACACAGGCAAAUAAGCUAAAACCUUUGAAGUUUGUAAAAGCUUGUACACCGACAGCUUUUUAUACUGUUAUUGUUAACGACGUGCCCUACCAUUCUUCUUCCUAUAGCAAUUUUCCAUUUUACGUAGCUUCUAUUUUUAUCGUUUAUUAUAAAUACUAUUAAAGGUCAUCUGAUUUGCUUGAAUGUAAUGUCAAUUUUAUGAUUGAAAGGAUGUAGAAAUGUAUAAGCUGGUACUUUGUUACUAUGAAUGUUCCGGUACCAGAUGUAACGUUUGGGUCUAUAAAAGGUUAUCAAAAAUAGCUCUCUAAAAUCAACUAAGAAAGUUGACGUUGGUUGUAGAUUUUUUAACACAUGAGUUUUACUUUUAUGAGCCCAAAUUUUACCACUGGUUGAGACAAUUGCAAUGAUUGAUGAGCUAUCAUUGAUUUUUUAGUAUUUUGAUAAGUCCAAGGUAAGCGAGACAUCUUGCCCUAAGUCUAGGUCUCUAGGUCUGUAAUUAACAUGUCCAUGUUGCUCAAUGUCCUAUAAGGGACUCGGUUUAGCGUAAGGUCGAAAGGAGAGCAAUAAAGGGCUAACUUUAAUAUAAAUUUAAUUAUAAGUAACGUACUUAAUCAUAUCUCAGUGGAAAAAAUAUUUUUUGUACUGUAUGCCCUUGUAAUAUUACUUAUGAUUUGUUCUCCAAAGCGGUAUAGGGUACUUACUAGUUAGAAUAAUUCAAUUACUAGUCCAUGUAAUUUUAAUGUAUUGAAUUUUAGGCGUUCGCCGAUCGUCCCAUGUGAUUAUGAGAAAAAGUUCAAUACAAUAGUAUUUGUUUAUGCAGUAUUGAAAUUGUUUUGUUAUUAGGUAUUUUUGUUCGUCUGUAACAAGUGAGCUGGUGAAAUUGCACGAUUUGGUCGUAAUUACGUGCCCACGUUGUUUACAAAUUUUAUUAUGCUCUGUAAAAAGUAGAAUGCAUUUUUAUUUCUUUUUUUUUGUAUAUAUUUUUGUAUCCCAAAUUUAUCGUACAGCAAUUUUAUUAGCUUGACUACGGAUAUACUAUUUUUAUUAAGUUUUUCUCUCGUGGCUGAAGGUUCUAAAUCUUUGAAAGUAAGCUACAUUAAGAUCUGAAUGUCGAAUCGACUCAGCGAUUCUGAAAGCAUCUGGUUGGAUCGAUCGGCGACACAGUACAAGCUAGGGGCACUAGAGUAUAAGGUAACACUGAAGAUAGUUUUAAGGCUAAUCUUAUUGUAAUAUGCUGUUAUUCGUAAUUUAUUUUGUUGAUAUUUGUAAAUCUACAUGUUGAUAACUAUUUAUUAUGUGGAAGAGAAAUGAAAUUGUUAAAUAUUUACAGGCUGGACCUACCCUUUAUAAGUAUUUCUUGGAUGCACUGAGGCAAACCAGGUCCGGUCCGAUAUAUUGAAAUAUACACAUUAAUAAUACUAUAUUUGUAAGUAGAUUAAAAUUAGGUACUUAAUAAAUGGAACAUUGAGAAUCAUGUUAGCCAUAUAGCUGUGGCCAUCUUGCCUUAAUAUAUCAUACAUAGUACUUUAUACAAAAUUAUAUGACUAAAUAAUAAUAUUAUCACAUAUCAUCACACAGAUUAUAGUUUCCAGUGCAUACAAGCGCGGAACAGUCCAUGAUAGUGCAUUUCAUUCGAAGUAAUUUUAAGCACAAUUUAUUUAUGUAUCGCAUACUUAUAUGAAUAUGAAUU